AUGGGCAGGAUUAUCAGCUUGGAUGGUUCUAAUUAUCAUAUUUGGAAAGGCAAGAUGCAAGAUCUCCUUUAUGUGAAGGAGCUUCAUGUUCCAGUCUUCGAGGAGAAGAAACCUGAGGAUAAAACUGAAGAUCAAUGGAAGUUGCUACAUCGCCAAGUGUGUGGUUUGAUAAGGCAAUGGGUAGAUGAUAAUGUGAGGAAUCAUAUUGAAAAUGAGACCGAUGCUCGUUCUUUGUGGUUGAAGCUAGAGCAGAUGUGA